AUGUCUGCAGGGCAUGGGGAGGCUGUAUAUAAGAAGGCCCAGCAGCGACCUUUUCUGCUGCGGAAACUUAGAGGGUUCGUUGUCAAAAAAGAGAUCCUGAGCAGUGUCUACCAAGCUCUGAUUGAAAGUGUACUAACCUUCAACAUUGUGUCCUGGUUUGGUCACUUGUCUGUGAGGGGCAAAGCCAAACUCUCCAGAGUGGUCAAGCAGGAAAACAAAAUCACAGGCUGCUCCCAGAACAUCAUGCAAAAGCAUGCCGUCAUUCACUUCACUGGUUAUUUCACAGUUUUGGUAGGCUUGGCCAUUCUGUUGAUAUCUCUGCAUGUUUCCUUUCCAUAUUUUGUGCACGAUUGCCAGUAUAUUUUUACAAUUCUACGUAUAAGGGCACAGAGGCAGAAAUACCAAAAAAAUAACUACACCCUCCUGGACUGUUUUUUAGAUAGAGUGAAAAGUCAACCUGAAAAACCGUUUAUUGUAUUUGAGGGUAAAACAUACUCUUACCUGGACCUGGAUAAACAGAGCAACAAAGCCGCAAGAGCCUUAAAGACCCAUGCCUGUCUGAGGGAAGGGGACACUGUUGCACUUUUCUUAGGAAAUGAACCUUAUUUUGUGUCCAUAUGGCUGGGUCUGGCUAAGGUAGGCUGCGCUGCUGCGCUACUAAAUUACAACAUCAGGUCAAAAUCUUUGUUGCAUUGCUUUUCGUGCUGUGAGGCAAAGCUUCUCAUCGCCGCUGCAGAGCUGAAAGGUGCUGUUGAAGAGGUGCUACCAGCACUGCGGGAGCAGAACAUCUCUGUAUUCAUCCUCAGUGAAGAAUGUAACACACUGGGGAUUGAAACCCUCACUGAUAAAAUCAACUACGCUUCUGAUGAGCCGCUGUCACCAGACCUGCGGUCGAAUGUCACAAUGGGGAGCCCAGCAGUAUACAUCUACACCUCUGGCACAACAGGUCUUCCCAAAGCAGUUCCUUUGCCUCAGUACAAGGUCUGGGCAGCAACUUCUUUUCAAGCAAUCAUAGGAGUUACCUCUAAAGAUGUGAUCUAUGUCAAUCUUCCUCUAUACCAUUCUGCUGGAUUAUUAAUAGGAUUAACUGGAGCAAUUGAAAGAGGUAUAACAGUUGUUCUGAAGCGCAAAUUUUCAGCAUCUGAGUUCUGGGACGACUGCAGAAAGUACAAUGUCACAGUGAUACAGUACAUUGGUGAAAUAAUGCGCUACCUCUGCAACACUUCAAAGAGAAACAAUGACCGAGACCACAAAGUUAGACUGGCUAUUGGCAAUGGCAUUAGAGGUGAUGUUUGGAGAGAGUUUGUGAAUCGAUUCGGUAGCAUCAACAUUAAAGAGCUGUAUGCAGCCACAGAGGGAACCAUGUCUUUUUUGAACUAUGCUGGAAAAAUUGGCGCAGUUGGAAGAGUAAAUAUCUUCCAUGGGAAACUCUUUCCCUAUGCACUGAUUAAGUAUGACAUAGAAAGAGAUGAGCCUGUGAGGGACUCCCGUGGUCUGUGUGUUGAAGUUCCCAAAGGGGAAACAGGGUUGUUUGUUUCAAAGAUCACAACUUUUUCACCUUUUACUGGAUACACAAAUAAUCCCCAGCAAACAGAGAAGAAGCGCCUGCGUGAUGUAUUUCAGAAAGGGGACCAGUACUUCAACAGUGGAGACCUGCUGAGGAUCGAUCAGGACAAUUUCAUCUAUUUCCAGGACCGUGUUGGGGACACGUUCAGAUGGAAAGGGGAGAAUGUGGCUACAACCGAAGUGUCAGACGUCCUGACAAUGAUGGAUUUUAUCGAGGAGGCAAAUGUGUAUGGUGUUCAUGUGCCAGGCCAUGAGGGGAGGAUAGGAAUGGCUGCUGUAAUACUGAGGGAAGGGAGACAGUUUGACCGUUCCAGCAUGUUCAGCCAUGUCGUCAGCUACCUGCCAGCUUACGCCUGGCCACGCUUUGCAAGGAUUCAGAAUUCCUUGACGAUAACAGGAACGUUCAAGCAGAUUAAAGUCAAGUUAGUGCAAGAAGGCUUCAACCCAGCGUUGAUCCAAGACCCACUGUACAUUCUGGACAAAGAACAAACGAGCUACAUUCAAAUGACGCAAGACAUUUACGAGUCUAUUGUUUCAGGAAACAUUAAGCUAUGAAUUUAGUUUUUUCUGGCAUUCAGAUUUUUUAAACAACUUAUAACUACAAAAAAUGACUUGUUCAACAAAGUGUAUUACCCUGAUCCAUCUUAUUAGUAUAAAAGCAUUUUUUUGUCGGUACAAUAAUGCUCAUUACCUGAAUUCUUAUUUUAUACAGCCUUUGUUCAUCUUUAUCAAGGGUGGAACUAAAUUUGAAUGACACAUUAGCUCAGUGUAACUUGCAUUGGUAUAAAUAAACCAAGCCAUUUGUUUUUUUCUUUCUUAUUUAUUCAUCAAGCUUAUUACUAUUCUUACCUGCACAAAUAAAAAUAAUGACUAGGCAAUUACAAGCUUGACAUCUAACGUGAUAUUAAUGAGUUACACUUGAACUUAAGGGGUGUAAAGACUUUCAUAAAUGGCGUACUAAUGUUUUUAACACUGCCCUUGCCUUUCGCCUUGGUUCCUUGUCAUUUUGUCAGAGAAGUUGUUUUUGCUUUUCCUUAGGUUUCUGUGGUUUCCUCAAAGUGACUCUAGGGUCCUCAUUUAUCUGCAUACACACUAGUGGCAGAGAAGUGGUAUUGCAAGCCACAAAUCCAUCCCUCCAUCAUCUAUACCUGCUUAUCCUAGUAAGGGUCGCGGGGGGUGCUGGAGCCCGAUUCAGCGUGCAUUGCGCGUGAGGCAGGGAUACACCCUGGACAGGCUGCCAAUCUAUCGCAGGGCACACACUAUUCAAACCACAGAUAAUAGGUUUUAUUCUUUCGCUAAUUCAAAUAAGAGACUGCGUAUGUGUACAGCAGUUAGUGCAAGGAACAUAUAAAGGAGGUCUUUAAUCGACUGCAAUUUAUUUUACGUAAUAAGCAUACAGAGACAGGAUGGUCCGUACAAAUCUUAAGUUCAAUAGCAGCAGUGCUGUCCACUGUACAUGCGACAAAUGCUGAAUUAGAUUGUUUAACUUUAACCUCUUUUAUAAGUUUGUCUCCUGUUGUCAUUGUGGUAUCAGGUGCUCCCUGCUGAAGUCAUUUUACUAUUUUGAGGAUAUAAAAAUUAUUGUUUUCAUGUCUAUCUUGUAUGAACAUGGCAAUUUUGUUGACAAGCACAAGGUGACAUACAUAUUGUGCUCACUGUUACAACUCCACUUUUUUCUCCACAUUGGCUUGGUCUUUUUGCAUGGGAGGACAUAAAACUUAAAUGCAGUGUUCUUGGCUUUGUUAUUUGUGCAGCCUACCAUACAACGUUUUGGCAUUUUUAUAGUGGGGGCUAUUCUUGCACUGUCUCUACGAUUCUAGCUGACCCCAACCCUUCCAUGUUGACUGAGAAAUAAUUACGGAUAGAAAUAAAUACGUGAAGAAAUGUACAAAGGAUACAAUGUGCAAAGUGUCCUUUGGGAAUAAAAACAUGAAAUAAAUAAAAAGAGAUAUUAAAUAAUGAAUAGACAUUUAUUUAUUUUGUUUCGUAUUUUAAUAUCUAUUUCAUUGCUUAUUUAUGUCAUCAACAAUUUAUUUCAUUGCUUAUUUAUUUCAUUAUCAAUUUAUUUCAUGGCGUUUAUAUUAAACAAUCCGUUCAUUUAAUUAAUUAAUCUUUAAAAUUUUGUCACAUUUGGUCUUCCAUAUAAAACAUACAUUUCUAUACACAAUGUUAAUGCAUUCACUUCACAGCAGACCUGGGUCAAAUACAAAUACAUAUUUGUAUUUGGAUUUGAAAAUGCAUGUAAAUACACAUUCAAUGUGAUGUCAGCAAGCUAUAAUACUGAGGGCACUCCAGAGGAACUAAUAGGGGCUAGGCAUUGAAUUUAGACUAUGAAGCAAGGGUGGUCUACGUUGGCAAUUUUAAACAACUCAUGGGCUGCAUCUAACGGACAGCAGCUUAUAUGCCCGUACAUGUCUUUGCAUGGGGGGGAUGGCAAACUCAGACUUCUUGAUAAGCUACUUGCCAGUUUAUUUGUACCCAUGCAAUCUUUUUAAAGUUAGUGGCCUUUUACUGUAUUUCCUCUUUUUUAUGUUGUCAGAGCAUUUGACAGCCAUAUGUACAGUUCCAUCCUUUACAUUUUGUAAAGUUAAACACAGAUAAAAUAGAAAUCAGCCGUGCAUAUUCACUACCAAAUAACAAUGGAAAUCGGUACAGUUGGACUGGGGCCAUCAGUAGUCACCUGAGGCAUGCUCAUCAAAAUACUGUCAUCUAAUUUACUGUCAUCUUAA